AUGGUAAGGAAGAAGGGGGGAGCACGCACACUUGGAGAGCGCAGUACAACAGAGAGUUGUAUGCUGCGUUCGGGAAGGAUGAAUCGCUCCCGAAAAGGAAUCUAUUGA